CUUACUCCUGAUAAAGUAUCUUAUUCAAAAAAGACUGAUUAUUAUUUAGAUCUUAAUAUUACAUGUAGAAUGACUUCUGUUAUUCAAAGCGUUGAAUCACCAUCUCAUCAUAUUUCAACUGAAUUAAAUAUCGAUGGUAGUCCGAAUGUUUCAAAAAUUACUCUAGCUGAACAAAUUACUCAUUUAGAAAAAGAUUUUAUACUUGUUGUUAAAA